AUGCCCGAAGGGAACAUAACCCUGAAGAUGUUUCUCGCUUUCAUCGAUUCACAUAAUUUCGCUCUGCAAUCUGCGCAACCUGUUAAGCCACGAACAAUUGUGUCCAAGCCACCUGUGAAGCCACCGUAUAGAGGAGCAACAACAUUCGUUGCCACCAACAUUUCUUCCAAUUGCAACGUCUGUUCCAAAUCAGCUCAUCCGCUUUACCAGUGCGAUCAUCGUGGUGAAUCGUGCAGAUCCGGGAAUUGUCGGAAAUGUGGCUUACUCCACCACACCCUGCUGCACGCUGCCCUCACGCCAACAUCGCAUGCUGUCCCCAAUAGUGGUAGUCUGGCCGCACAAUCAUUGAUUUCGGCCCUCGAUGCUCCCACAGACUUCGAUGCUUCCAACGUACUCCUCGCCACAGUGGCCAUCAUCGUACUGGACAAGCAAGGACGGCCACAUGCAUGUCGCGCUGUGCUUGAUUGCGCAUCUCAAGUAAGUUUUAUCAGCCAGAGUUUUUGCAACGAACUUGGUCUCGAGUUGCAAGAAGCUGAUAUGAAUCUUGAAGGUAUCUCGGCUACACCUGCGCAUGCAGACAAAUGCGUGCCAAUCGUCAUAACAUCCCGAUGCACGGACUAUCGCACCACAGUUCCGUGUAUGGUGUUAGAAAGAAUCACUAAAACGCUUCCUGUUAAACCAGCGAACAUUGACGGUUGGCCCAUGCCGCAUUCAAUCAACCUAGCCGACCCAGUGUUUCACCGUCCAGGUAAAAUCAGCGUACUCCUCGGCAUUGAAUUAUUCUUCCAGUUGCUUGAGCCUGGAAAGAUCAUCCUGAGUCCUGAUGGUGAUCUACCAACCUUGCAGAACACCAAGCUAGGUUGGGUGGUUGCUGGUCGCUAUCGUGAACCCACCAUCUCACCAUACACGAGGUCUUCGACGUGUUUGUUGACCACCUCUGACGAUAACCUCAAUCAACAGUUGCGUAGAUUUUGGGAGUUGGAGGAAUGCUGCACAUCUACGCCCCACUUCAGCGAGGAGGAAAAAUUGUGUGAAGAUCACAUUCACAAACACACCACUCGUGACGACACUGGAAAAUUUAUUGUUCGCUUGCCGUUCCUUCAUCCCCCGAGUCAACUUGGAGACUCCAGACAGCCGAAAAGCGAGUACCAUGCAUUUCUUCGGGAAUAUUGUGAACUCGGUCACAUGACACUUGCCGAAGAAGCAUCUCCGAGAGUUGCCGUAUACCUCCCCCAUCACUGUGUGGUUAAGGAGAAUAGCUCCACCACGAAAUGUCGCGUCGUGUUUGAUGCCUCAGCCAAGACCACCACUGGCAAGUCACUGAAUGAUAUGCUUAUGUGUGGUCCCGUUCUGCAAGACUCAAUAGUCGACAUUCUUCUCCGAUUCCGAUUCCCGUCCGUUCGGAUCCUUUGGCGAUGGUGUUGCGACGACGUAGUAAAAGAAUAUCACCUAAACACCGUCACUUACGGGACGAAAAGUGCUUCAUAUCUGGCGACAAAAUGUGUGCAGCAGCUAUUAGAGGCGCAUCGUAAGCAGUAUCCAGUAGCAGUAGGAAAAGCGGAGAAAAACACGUAUGUGGACGACAUCUUAACGGGUGCUGAAUCUGAAAAGGAAGCAGCUUUAUUACGUCAACAAUUGACAACCAUUUUCGCUUCCGGAGGCUUCCAUCUGAGGAAGUGGGCAUCGAAUAAUGCAGCGGUCCUCAAUGACAUCCCAACGGAAGACAGAGAGGUGAAAUCAUCCAUCGAGAUCAACGAGUCCCGCACCAUCAAGGCCCUCGGCAUCCACUGGCAGCCACGCAGCGACGAGCGACAUGCUCUCGCAAAUCGCCAGCAUAUUCGACCCUCUUGGAGUGCUGGCCCCAAUCAUCGUCAGAGCGAAGCUGAUCCUGCAGCAGUUGUGGGAACUGAGGGUGGACUGGGAUGA